AUGACUGAGCUGAGAGCAGAGGAUGCUGGGAAAUACUGGUGUUCAGUGAAAGACGUGUUUCUUCUUCCUGUUGAGCUCAUGAUCAUCAGGAAGGACGGAAUCAACAUCAGAGGUUUUUCUGUAGAGGAGAUCAGCCCAAUAUCUGCAUCAGAGACGGAGUUCAGUGUUUCAUCCAGUAACAGUGAAGACCACAGAUUCUCUCUGACUGAAGAAACCUCUGCUGGAGUCUUUACUGUGAAGAUCAGAGACCUGAGAGAAGAGGAUUCUGGGAAAUACUGGUGUGGAGAAGAGAGUUCUGGGUCCUUCAUAUUCACUGAAGUUCAGCUACAUGUGACCAGAGAAAUGACCUCUCCUACCACCAAAGAGGAAACAGAAAAGCCUGGCUCCUCUGUGAAGGUUGCUGUUCCUGUGGGAUUGCUCCUGCUGGCUCUGGUUACAGCCUUAAUCUUAUUCAAACUAAAACACAGGAAACACGGGACUGCUUCAUCGUCAGAGACAGCUCAAGAGGUGAUUCAAGAUGCCAGACAGCAUUCAGUCUCAGAUCCCGAAUCAGCUCAUCUCUAUUCCACCGUCCAGUCACCCACAAUCCUCUCUGAUGGGCUCCUGUACUCCUCUGUCAGUUUCCAGAAGCACGAAGAGUCUCUCAGUGACUCUUCAGUCAGAUUCAGUGAAGACGAGAUUCACUGUGAAUAUGCAUCCGUCAAUCACAGCAUUGGACCAAAAUAAUAUCAGCACUGGAUUUUUGUUUUAGAAGGAUGUCUGUAAUAAUCAAUCCGUGUCAUUGAAGAAGUUAUAGAGCGGUUAGCGACACGUCGCUGUUGAGAAAGA